UCCAAAUGAAGCAAAUUGAUUCAUGUGCGCACACUCCCGCACAUAAACUAUAGGAUAUGCUUACGAAUAACACUAUCCAAUGGUGGAAUAAAUGUUAAUUGUUUUUUAUCAAGGGUAUUAUGAAUGGUGGACAUAAAUUAAUUAGUUCUGAGGACUACAAGUGAUUUUUGGUGACGUUAAUCUCAUGAAGCAGCUGUAGGGUUGGAGGACUGUUGCUCAUCAUUGCGCACGAAGCGGCAGUGGCGCGACUCCUCUCCUAGUUGACGGGAAUUCGCUGACACCAAUUAUUUUCGCGGGCAGAUGCACGCACAUCAACAUAUGCCACCUAUAGAAAACUGGACUGAAGUGGGCUACCAGUUACAACGUUGAUGUGAAUGCUAAGGACAAUUCGGUGACACGGACUUUUAUCGCCAGUAUAAACUGAACUGUAUGGCAUGUUCUCCGCCACCAAUCGCUACAGAUAGACUUCACCAGACGCCUCCAUACCUCCAGCAAUGAUGGCUGUUCUCCGCUCUGGAGGAAGAGUGUUCAUCAUGCUCCUCAUUAGCAGGAUGUUAGAGAACUCUCUGCUCAGCGCUGAAGUAAAGGAGGGAGAGAUUCUGCCUCCCACCAUUCAGAAGCUGAUGAAAGGAUACAACAAGUACCUCAGGCCUUUCUUUGACAAUGGGCCAGUGACUGUGGGCAUGAGUUUGGACGUUGCCAGCAUUGACACCAUAUCAGAGAUCAACAUGGACUACACGGCCACCAUCUUCCUGCGUCAGCGCUGGACAGACGAGCGCCUGGUGUUUGAGGGGAACAAAAGCCUGAGUCUGGACGGCAGGCUUGUGGAGCUGCUCUGGGUACCAGACACCUUCAUCGUAGACUCCAAGAAGUCCUUCCUCCAUGACAUCACUGUGGAGAACAGGCUGAUCAGGAUCUUCCCCAAUGGAACAGUGCUCUACGCCCUGAGGAUCACCACCACUGUGGCCUGCAACAUGGAUCUGACCAAAUAUCCCAUGGACAAGCAAACCUGCACUCUGCAACUGGAGAGCUGGGGCUACAACACCAAUGAUGUGAUGUUCUACUGGACCAGAGGGAACGAGUCGGUCAGUGGUUUGGACACGCUGCGUCUGGCCCAGUACACAGUAGAGGACCACUACACCUCUGCGUCUGAGGCCAUCUAUGAAACAGGCCACUACCCCAAGCUGAUCUUCCACUUUGAGCUGAAGAGAAGCAUCCUGUACUUCAUCCUAGAGACGUAUGUUCCCUCUAGCCUGCUAGUGGUCCUGUCCUGGGUGUCCUUCUGGAUCAGCCAGUCUUCCGUCCCCGCAAGGGUCUGCAUCGGAGUGACCACGGUUCUGACCAUGACCACAUUGAUGAUGGGUGCCAGGACGUCCCUGCCCAAUGCCAACUGUUUCAUCAAGGCCAUCGACGUGUACCUGGGCAUCUGCUUCAGCUUCAUCUUCGGAGCCCUGAUCGAGUACGCCGUGGCCCACUUCUGCACCCUCAACCACCCCGACGCCAACAUUGUCAUGUACGGUCACCAGAUGGGAGGCUUCGACGAGGAGAUGAACGGCAUGGUCACUACCAUCGCCGCUGAAAACAAUAGGGCCAAGAGGCGUAAGGAGAAAGCUGCUGCAGUCUCAGCGCCCAUGGCAGAGCUGGAACUGGUGCCCUCCAGCCCCACUGGCAGCGAGCCCAAGCCCGAGGCUCCUGAGGAGCCCUCCAAUCGCUGCCUCACUGUCCUGGUCCUCCUCCGCAAGUUCCUGCGCAAAGCUGCAAACUGUUGCCAUGUGGAGAAUCCCCACUUAAUAGACAACUACUCCAGGAUGACCUUCCCCCUCUCCUUUGUAUUCAUCAACCUCCUCUACUGGACAUACUACCUGUACUUGUAACACACAGGAGUGUGUGUUUCGGUAUGUGCAUGUGCGUGUGUGUGUGUGGGUGUCUGAAUCUGUGUGUUUCUGUUUGUAAGUGGGAUUAGUUCAUACUGUAUGUGUUUUUUUUCUCAAACAAUGUACAUGUUUACAUUUACGGUCAUGAGUGAGGCAUAGUGUACAUCAGCUACAGUACAACAUCCUGAGGAGAAUUACAUGUCCAUGCCACGUUUAUUAUACCUGAUUCAGCUCAUUACUGCUCUCAUAAUUGAUGAAUUUCCAGUAAGUUCUGUCCAUGAUGGCCUGCUGACAGAUGACCUAUGGCUGGUGUGGAGCAGAGGAGUGAGUGGCUGGAUGUGCUGUGUAAUAUUUAUGAAUGAGCUCCUCACUGCGAAGGGAAGCAUCCAGAGUACCUCUGGGUUAGGCUGGGUCAGCUCCGAAUGGCAAUAUAUAUAUAUAUUGCCAUAUAUAUAUAUGUAUAUCUUUUUCUCUCUCUCUCUGUCAUUCCCUCUCUCAUUUUAUUUCUAUAAGAAAUCCAGUGGCCUUGGCUCCCUCCACCACAUUAUGGAAAUAGACUCUCAAUGAACCAUAAACUGUUCUAUAUAAUUUGUCAUCAUAGGGCAACAACUGCCAGCACCUUAACUGGACAGGAGCAAUGCAAUAGAAUGGUAGGAAUAUACAGCACCUAGUGGAGUAACAGUGAUAUAUGCAGUAUUUUUUCCAUUGGAGCUGGUAGAUAGUAUUUUGUGAGCUUUGUGGUACACGCCCUCUGAAUGGGGAAGCUAGUACCUUGUAGUCGAUGUUUUAGGACGCUGACAUUUUGAACAGAGGUGAAACCGCUAAUGCAACAGGACGUCAUCAUCAAUCACCUGUUCAUCAUCCAGAUAAGGGUUGAACUAACAUCCCUCCUUGUCCUCUGUUGUGUGACUGUUGUGUACGAUGACGAAUGUCAUAUAUUCCCAAUCAUGUUUUCACAUAUCAGUAAUAACAAAGGACCAAAGAUUUCAAUUUGCGUUGUAAUCUUUCCAUGGUUCCCUUUAGACUUGUUCCGUUCCGUAUAACUACUAAUACAGUACAUUUUGAAAUGUUGAAUUAUUAGUUCCCAUUGCCGCGUAAAAAGUAUUUCAAUUAAAGUAAUAGCAUGCUAUAUCAGCAUGCAAAAGGAAAACUGCAAUAUUUCAUAGCCAUGUGCAGACAGAAACAGUCUCACACUCAAUGCAUGUUUGUUUAUUACUUCCUUGAAUAUUAAAUGCAUUUUUCGGUUACAAUGCUUUCACCCAUAUCCGUGAAGCCAUUGACAAGCAGGUUGUCCAUAGCAUAAAAUAACAUGACUUGUUCAUGACUAUGAAAUACUAAUGCAUUCUCUUAAUUAAUGUACAUAAUGGAAGUAUAUAGGUCAUUAUCAGUAAAACGUGACAAUUAGGUGCAGAGCCUUCAAUUUGGCUGCUGGGGGGCAAGGAGCUCCCCAUUGACAACAGCGUGCCGUUUUCAAGGUAUUAUUAAAUCAAUGUUAUAACUAUUUGGUUUUAAUAUCAUCAUCUCUUCAAAUAAAAUAAAAUAAAAAAAAUGUUGGUCACAUACACAUAUUUAGAAGAUGUUAUUGCGGGUGUAGUGAAAUGCUUGUGUUCCUAGCUCCAACAGUGCAGUAGUAUCUAGCUAGCUAGCUAAACAAACAAUGUAUUAUUAGCUUGCUUCGUCAGAAAUUAGGCUUUUGGAAAGAGCUUGACAUGGCAAGUUCUCUUCCUGAUAAAAUUGUCAGUCAGACCACUGUCACCACCUGUAAUGAACACGAUGGAAGACAGAGAGCUGAUUUCAAUCACAGGGCGCAGCAGGUGUUUAUUGUAAAGGAGCACAGGAGGAGGCAGGUAGCUGGGUCCAGGGGAAGGCAGAAGGUCAUACACAGGGGUCCAAAAAAGGCAACAGUACAGGCCGGGAAAAGGCUAGUAACGUCAUCCGGGAGAUCAGGCAAUAGGUAGAUAACAGGAAAUCCGAUAGGCUAAAGUAAAGGCAGGGAAUAGGCAAAAGGCAUCGUUUGUGAGGCAGGCCAAAACUAUCAUACACAGGAGGAUUAUUUACAGGAAAAACUGAGCUCUAGAAGUGUGUCACAAAACAAACAAUACCUCACAAUGAUGGGGUGCAAAGAACUGAACUAAAUAGUGUGUGAUAAUGACAUACAGGUGUGUGAACAGUUGAUCAGAAUUGAAGUGAUUAGGAUCUGGAGAGUGAGCUGCGUUCAGGGGAUCUCUGUGUUUGAGAAUGUGAGCUGGAAAGUGAGCUGCGUUCAAGGGAUCUACAUGUUUGAGAGUGUGAGUUGGAAGCAGACGUUACACCACCACUAUACUGUAGAUGGCAAGAAAAUCAAACAAUAUUUUGAUAUAGCCAUCUAGUUUAUCCCCUGAAAGUUAGCUUGUUAACUAGCCAUAUUGACGUGAUCUGUUAUUAGCUAGCUAGCCAAUUUGAUGUGGUCUAUCAAUCAAUGUAGCCUAUCAUGUCUGUCGUGAUAAAGCACUCUUAAAAACAAUGUUGAAAAGGGGAUGUCAGGUCACUUCGCGAGGUAGGCCCACAUUGGUUGGAGAAAAAAGUACACUAGGUCUACUUACCACUAUGUUUAGCCAACUGGAGGACUUUUCUACCAGUAGCUUGCAAAGUUAACAUUAUCAGCUGAAAGUACAUGGGCAAAUGUGACCUUCUGCUGCUUGACAGGCAGAGCCCACAAAGGAUGGGAAAUUAACCUAAACCACUCAUACUUGUCAGGUAUAGUUCACUUUUAUUUUAUAUCACUCAAAUAUCCAAUUAAGAGUGGCCAAUAUUGAGAAAGAUUAUGAGGCUACCCUCACGUAUCUGAAAUCAAUUAUUAUUAUUUUUUUCACCUUUAUUUAACCAGGUAGGCUAGUUGAGAACAAGUUCUCAAUUACAACU